AUGGCAACUGUCAUUGACACUAUCCAGAGCUUUCUGGGUCUGCAUGGCCUGCUUGUGCCUGCUACCGUCAGUCCUGAAAUGGACAACAUCACCAAGGACUUCACUGCUGAACAAGAGACUAUGCUUGCUGAACCAGGCAAGAGCAACAUGAACAGCAUGUUCACUACUUUGGAGUUGCAUCACGCAGUUGGCGCUAGCUUGAUUGAUACAACAUUGCAGUCCAUACUGAUGGAGGCCUCAAAGAGCAUCAUGGAGGGCACCAAUGCCGAAUAUCAGAGGCUGAUGAACUCAUUUGAUCAUGGCCUGGAUCAUGACACACUCAAGCCAUCUCAUGUCAAGUGGAGCACCUAUGGCCAUGCACAGAAGAUGCAGGUGUUUAUGACAUAUGCAUUUGGGAGGCUUAGUGGUCUAGGCAAUCUGACAUGGCAUGAGUCGGAUAUUGGAGGUGGGCUGAUAGUCAUAAACUCUUCCAUUUCCAUUGAGGUAUCAUCCUACAUGUGCUCGUUCCACAAGUGCAAGGUGCAAGUGGGAAAUCUUGCUAAAACUAUAUAUUACAACCACCUCCCUAAAAAUUGGACCAUUCGUGCCUACCAACCUGGUUCUGAAGAUACAGUGAGAGCACUUGCUGCCUGGCUGAAGGAGUCAAAAGUCAUGUCAGGCUACCUCUUUCAAAAAAUUGCUUCAGGUGACCAAAUUACGGAGGCCAAUAGUCCCAUGUCCUCUGAGCAAUUCCUGGAGCUUUUUCAGAAUAACCUCCUCAAUGUUGACAUUGACCCUACUCCAUAUGACACACAUUUAUUCUGGAGGGGGGGGGUGCUAGUUCUUGCAUGUCAAGAAGUGUUGGUUACUCUGGAGAAUCUACAAGUGGGGAGGAUGGAGUGUGGAAUUUAUGAACAUGACAAUUGUAAAGCCCCAGAUCCUAAGACUUCUACUGCAACAUCUACAGAAGCCCCUGCUCUGCCAGACUCCCGACGCGGCGGCACACCGCUAGAACUUAGAACGACAGCAGUUUGGACCGCUGUGGCACCGCCCCUGGCCUAG